CAGUGUUCUGACACUUCUGCUGACGCCCCACACCGAUCCGGAGAGAGCCGGUGGGGCAGAGCGCUUUCACUCCGGCUCUGACCUCUCAUGUGAGCGCCACUUCCGCGUUCCGCUCACCUGUGUUACACCUGCCCUCCACCGCCGGUGCACCUGCUGCCUUAUCGUGCCAUGAGCGACGCUUUCACCGACUGCGACCUGACGUGCUCGUCCCCGCCGGGGGCGACCACCGCCGGCCGGAGGAGCACGGACUUGGAGCAGCCCAUUUUCUCCGCGCUGGCCGGCGGCGUAAAGGCGCAGCCGGGGGGCGACGCGGCCGGCUCUCCCGGAGACUGCAGCGGGGGGACCGCCUCGCCCACGGCCGCCGCCAUCUCGGACUCGGAGUCCGGGUUCUUCUCCGUGGAGAGCGAGCUGUGCGUGGAGCACGAGUCGGAGCUGGACUGGUUCUGCGGCACCGAGCGCAAACUGGUCUGCGGCCACUGCGCCUCCGUGGGCUCCUGCCACGGCCACAGCGUGACCCCUCUGGCCAGCAGAGUGUCCGCGGUCAGGAACCAGCUGGUGGACGUGUGUGAGAAAAUGCAGCUGCAAGCGCUGAGGAUUGAGAGGUUUGUCGACCAGACGCUGGCAGCCAAAGAGCAAAAGCUCCAGGCGGCGGCGUGCAGGGCGAGGGAGCGAGUUCUGGCUCAGGUCAGCGCUGCGCGCGAGGCCCUGGAGGAGGAGGAGCAGCGCCUUCUGGAGGAGGUGCAGAGGGAGGAGGAGCGGGUGGAGCAGUGCCUCCUCACGCAGAGAGCCCACUGGAGCCAGGCCUUGGCCAGUCUGUCGCAAACCCGCUCCAGCUUGGUGCACACGCUGACGCACUCUCCAGAUGCACAGCUGGUGGUGAGGGAUGGGAGGGAGGGGGGUGGAGGGCUCACGGGUGUCCAGGAAAUAGCUGAAAGAGUGGAGGAGGCAGAGGGAGUCGGGGAGCCCUGUGACACAGACAAGCUCAGCCUGAACCCAGUCUGCGGGGACAGCAAGCUGCUGAGAGGCCUGUGGGCCACGGCCAUGCUGCUCGGGCCCAACGCUUACGGUCCAUCUGAUCUGAAGUUUGACCAGCGCACGGUGAGCCCGCUGCUCUCCCUGUCCGACGACCACUGCACUCUGACCUUCCUGCACAAAAAGCCCCGCCAGUCCCCGCCCUACGACCCGGCGCGCUUCGACUGCUGGCCCAACGCCCUGGGCUCCCUGGCCAUGUCGUCCGGCACCCACAGCUGGGUGCUGGACGUGGGCGGGAGCGGCGCCUUCAAGGUGGGGGUGUGCUACGCCUCCCUGGAGCGCAAAGGCUCCGGGGACCAGGCCCGACUGGGACACAACGCCCAGUCCUGGGUGCUGUGCCACUACGACGGGGAGUACUCCUUCUGCCACGCGGGGAAGAAGCUGCCCCUGCAGGUGGCCCGGAGGCCGCAGAGGAUCGGCCUGCUGCUGGACUGCUCCAGCCAGGCGCUGCUGUUCUACGAGCCGGAGUCCUGCGCCGUGCUGUACUGCGCCACGCAGCGCUUCAGCGCCCCGCUGCUGCCGGCCUGCGCCGUGACGGACCGCAGCAUCACCAUUCUGCACUGAGGAAAACAUCAAGGCCCGCUCACCUCCGCAGGGAAAGAACUGUCUCUGCCCGAUGUCCAUCUAAGGGGGCAACUCUUUUAUUUAUCUUGUAUUUAUUCAGUUUGCCGAUUUCCUUUUUUCUAAUGAUGAGUUUCAAGUCUUCUCAUUUUAAACACAAGUGGUACAAUGCAAUAGUUCUGACUGACAAUGAUUGUUUUUUUUAUUAUAAAGAAUGUUUUGUGUAAUAUGACCGUACAGCACCAAUCACAAUUGAGUCCUGGCCUUUGUAAUGAAGAUAUCUAACUUUUUAAGGAAACAUCUGUGUCACUGGUUGAUCCAGGUUUGAAAUGUUAUGUGGUAAGAGAUGUCACUUCCAAGUACUUUUUGAUAAUUUUGUAUUCAAAUUUUUUGUAUAAGCUGAAUAAACACGUUCCCAUACUCUUAUGGG